UUCUAUGAGAAUAAAUAAUAUAUUUUUACUAUUCUCUAUACACUUUGUCAAUUAAACUUGUCUUCUUCUGACAAUUCUAGAAAUCCUUUUUUUCGUGUAGAAGGCUUUCUUCCUGGGUAUACACUAAAAACUUACGAAAAUGGAGGAGGACGCACUGAAAUGGGGCAGAAUGGAUCAAAGAGGAUUCUUGAGUAAAGUUAUAAAAAAGUACAAUCCAAAGAUGAAAGGAAAGUAUCAUUUGGAUAGACAGCCAGUGAAAGGAUUCAUAUCUGGUAGUAUUUAUGCAGGAGAGUGGUCUCCAAUUGAUAUGGAUGGAAUUGGUUCCUACAUAUUAUCCCAUGGAGUGGUAUACGAUGGUCAACUCAAAGAUGGCAUGUUCCAUGGAAAAGGAGUACUGACGUACCCGAUGGGUCAAAUGGUUGUAGGCGAAUGGUAUGAAGGUGAAAUCAUGUCAUGGACGUUCAAGUACAAAAACAUCAAGCAAUGCACUUUGGAUACCUAUUGCAAGCAACCUGACAGAAGAUUCUUGAAGACCCUAUACAGCCAACUGAGGCCUGCAGGUAAAGAGUACUUAACCAACGAUCAACCUACCAGAAGAAUACCAGAGGGAUGUUACGAUGUUGUGGAUGGAUUCUACAAUCCCAAAACGUUGUGGGUGCAUAGUAUCAAGAGCAUGAGCAAGGUCCUCUACAUGCCAGCACCUCGUAGGAAACCGAUAGAUCUGAGCUACUUCAGAGACGACUGCGCUCAGUUCAUCAGGAAGGUUCCCUUCGUACCAGUCUACAGAACCUCCCAAUGGAUAGAGGACAACUGCAGGAAGGCCUGGGACCAACCUACUGGCUUCAAACCGGAACUAUACGAAUACUGGUUCUCCGGAAGAAAAGAACAGGCUGAAAGACUCAACAUGAGGGUGCAGAAACUUGGAGGAAGAUUUGUUUGGAACGAAUCGGUAUGCGACGAGCUGUUAAGAAACUUCGAAAUAGUUGCCGAUAGGAAGAAUAAGAGAAGGGAGGAGAUAAUGCAAGACCAGGGGGAGGAGAUGGAUGUAGUGAUGCCCAAAUCGGUGGAGUUCCACGAGGUCAAGUUUGCCAAGACGGAGUACUCAGAGUCAAUGUCCCUAGGGACGGUGGAUCAGGCUUCAGUCGAAACUAAGGAAUCAGCACCGCCUGCCAGGAAGAAGAGUAUAGGCGGGGAGGAGCAUUCUUUGGAGUCUUCGCAGCUUUAGAAGAGGAUAUUUAGGGUUUACUAUCAUAUUGAUAUUGAUCUGUGAAUAUUGCUUUAAUAUAUUCACAAGAAAAGUU